CGCGGACUCCCCUAAGUUUCGAUUCCCCGCCGGAGCCCGGCCCGCGGCGCGCCAUGGCCGACCCGGAGGUGUGCUGCUUCAUCACCAAGAUCCUGUGCGCCCACGGGGGCCGCAUGGCCCUGGACGCGCUGCUGCAGGAGAUCGCGCUCUCCGAGGCGCAGCUCCGCGAGGUGCUGGAGGCGGCUGGGCCCGACCGCUUCGUGCUGCUGGAGACGGGCGACAGGGCCGGGGUCACCCGGGCGGUGGUGGCCGCCACCCGCGCCCGCGUCUGCCGUCGCAAGUUCUGCCAGAGGCCCUGCGAAGACCUGCACCUCUGCAAGCUCAACCUGCUGGGCCGGUGCCACUACUCGCAGGCGGAGAGGAAUUUGUGCAAAUAUUCUCAUGAGGUUCUCUCAGAAGAGAACUUCAAGGUCCUGAAAAACCAUGAGCUCUCUGGACUGAACAAAGAGGAAUUAGCAGUGCUCCUCAUCCAAAGUGACCCUUUUUUUUUGCCUGAGAUAUGCAAGAAUUAUAAGGGAGAGGGUCGAAGAGUUAUUUGUGACAAGUAUCCACAGUGUGAAAGGCUCCACAUCUGUGAGCACUUUACCCGAGGGAAUUGUGGGUAUGCCAACUGCCUCAGGUCCCAUAACCUGAUGGAUAGAAGGGUGCUGGCGAUCAUGAGGGAGCACGGCCUGAGCCCCAGCGUGGUUCAGAACAUCCAGGACAUCUUCAACAACAAGCACAGCCGAAAGAAACACUCCGGGUACAGAGCUCCUCCCUCCUAUCUUAGAGACAAGGCAUACAGAGGUAGAAGCAAGAGCAGAGACCGAUCAUUUCAGGGCAGUACAGAAUUUCUUUCAUCUGCUCCAGCUCCUGCUCAGAAGUCCUGCUCGUCCAGUCCAGAUCCAGUGGGCCACAGGCCUCCCCUGGAUAAUGUGCCCGUUGAGGAUCUGGCCCACAAGUUUGGGCGUCUGGGAAGUCAGGAUUGCCCUCAGCCUUCCCCGGUCUCACCUAAGGCCAAUAAUCUCAGAGGAACAGGUCAAGUGGGAGGAAGCCGGCAGUUUUCAGAGAACGGCAGUCCAGAGGAUCUCUUUUAUGGGCAUCAAGGUAGCAUUUUCUUUCCUUCUGAUUCGACGCCUGCCUCCAACCGGAAGGGCCCUGACUCCCGGCUGAAUGACAAAGGCACCAGUAGAGAGUCUGUGUUUUCCUGGAGUAAGGCCACCUCUGGCUCUGUAGGUUCUCUACAAACCCCUGAAACCAUGACCACCAGAAAGAGCACAGGCCUGCUUUCCCCAGACGGCGUGAGCGCUGAGGCCAGCGGUAGCAAUCAAAAUGCCCAGUAUUUCCUGCUUUUUAAUAACAACGUUGAUGGAAUGGCCACGGAUGGAACUUCUGCAAGAUCUUUAAAUUACAAAACCACAACCAGAGGACAGAGAGAAAAAUCGUUACCUCGGAAUCAGGACGCGGGAACUCCUCCCGGUAAUGUCCAGACCACUGGCACAGUUAUGGGUGGUGAUGAUCCAGCAGCGGCACCUGCUAACGGCACCAGAGCUGCAACCUAUGCAAGCCAUGGUCAGAACUCUGCCCAGACCCCAGUUAGCCCUGCCAGUGAGUUUGCAAGGACCCCAAGAUGUGCUCCAUAUUCUGCAUUUGACGUUGGUAGUACCAGCUCUUCCAGGAUGCAUGACUGUGACCCACAGGAAAUUUGUCUUGACUACCUGUGUAAGGGUUGUCAAACUGAGAACUGCAACAAAGUUCAUUUCCACCUGCCCUACCGCUGGCAGAUGUUCUUUGCAAACACCUGGAUGGACCUCCAGCCCAUGGAAAAUAUUGAGAAGGCCUAUUGUGACCCCCAAAUCCGCAUCUUUUCUAUUGGAAAUAAAAGCAUCGAUUUCCAGAAAAUGACUUGUGAUUCCAUUCCUAUCCGACGCAUCUCCACGCCUUCAUCUGUCACGACACUGACCAAUUUUGUCUUUGCCACAAAAUGGAUUUGGUACUGGAAGAAAGAAUCAGACAUAUGGGUUCAAUAUGGGGAGGAGGCUGGUAAUCAGGAAGCUUCAAACAUCGACUCUUCCUACCUGGAGUCCUUCUUUCUAUUGUAUCCAAGGGGAAUUGUGCCAUUUCAGGCGGGUUCACGGAACUACGAGCUGAGUUUUAUAGGGAUGAUUCAGACAAAUGUAGCUUCCAAGACCCAAAAGGAUGUUGUCAGAAGGCCAACCUUUAUGUCGUACAAGGAUGUGGAGCAGAUUAAAAGCAACUAUCAGCUGAUGCAGACCCUGUCAGAGCCUUUAAUCUCGACACUACCUCCUCAGCCAGACUGUAGCUUGAAUGGAUAUGAGUUGGUAGAGAUCAAUAACCAGAAUCCGGAAUAUGUCAUGAUAAGUGAGUCUUUUAAAGCUUCCAUGAAAAAUUUUAAGAUUGAAAACAUAAAGAAGAUCAAGAACACCAAGCUCUUGAAUGCUUUUGAAAGGAAAAAAUUGAAGAUGAACAACAGAACGGAAAAAAUCCUGUUUUAUGCAACAAGACGCACCUAUGUGGAGUCUAUCUGUAAGGAUAACUUCAACUGGAUCUUACAUGGAUCUUCUAAUACCAAAUAUGGAAAAGGAAUUUACUUCACAAAGGAUGCCAUCUAUUCCCAUAAAGAUCAGCAGUAUGAUACCAAAAACAUGGUUAUGUUUGUAGCUCGAGUCCUGGUUGGAGAUUUUACUCAAGGAUAUAGGGAAAGCCUAAACCCUCCUCCACCACCGUAUGACAGCUAUGUGGAUGUAAGGUUGAAUCCUUCCAUUUUUGUCAUCUACGAGAAAGAUCAGAUUUACCCACAAUACGUGAUUGAAUAUACUGAACCAGAGAAAGCCUGUAUGAUUAGUUAGAAAUGAUGAAUACAGCGUCAUAAAGGAGGCCAUCACCAUUCUGUUCACUUACGGAGUCAGAUUGCCCCAAUAGUACACUUAUACGUUUCUCAUUUAGUUAUCAACUGCUUUAGAUCAGUGGUUCCCAAAGUUUGCUACCCAUUUGAAUCAUGUGGAAGGCUAAGAAUUCCAGUGUUCAGAUUGCACCCUGUGCCAACUGAACCACUGUUUCCGGUAUGAGAGCUGGGCAGUGUUAAUCUUUGAAUUACAAGGAUUCGAAUGUGUCAUAAAGUUUGGGAAUCACCGUCUUAGAUAGAACUGGGAAAAGUCGGAUUUCUAAAACAUCUUUAACUGCAACAAGUUUCUCUCCCAGCUACUUAUUCUUCAUUUACUGUAUGGCAUGGUUUUGUCUUGGUUUAAUUGAAAGAAAAUUAAUUUGGGCAAUUUGAGAGAAAUCUAAAAAUUGCCUAUGAAAGUAAGCACAUUAGACCAUCCCACCUUGGAUAGAAGAUUAUGGAAAGCUGGGGGUGGGGGUAGGGUUUAGAAAAAUGCUGGGGGAAGGGAGAAGAAAAGAUCAUUUAAAUGCCAUUACAAAAAAAGAAAACAAAACAAAAUAAAUGCCAUUACAGAUAUAACUGUACCGUACCUUCGAGAUAAGACUGAAUUGGGGCACACAUUUCUUUAUCUCUACGUUUACUUAGGGGGCUCCAUCCAGGUUGAUUGUCCGGAAUGCAAUAAAAAGAGCCACAAAGUGUGGCUCAGAGAAAAGCGACCCACUGGAGUUAAUUGCCCAUUUGGGUUCUUUAUAUAAUUAUGGCAAAGUAGACAUGUAUAUCCUAAUAUAUGAUUAUAGAGAAGGUUUUUAGGUUGGACUUUAAUGAAAGCGUCUGUAUUUUGGGAGAUCUGAGUUGCAGUAACCAGAUUCACAGAAGCGCGACUGAUAAACCUGAGUGCUAUUGUAGUCGUUCGCUGUAGCAAAUGAGGCUCACCAAGGAAUUGGGAGCAAGCCAUCCCCACUGAAGCAUGGGCUCCUUAAGGAGUUGAGAUUUGUUUCCUGGUGAGCACGGAAUCAGAACAAAGAGAAUAAUGCCUCAACAGGUCUUGCACCUGCAAAGGGGCUUCUUUUUUCUAAAUAUAACGGAUUGUACAGCAUUGUAGUACAAUCAGUUUUCAAAGCAGUUGAGGUUCCUGGACCAAGAGUUCUUUCCUUAUCAUGAAGCAGGUUUUUCCUUUCAGUUUUCCUUUUCAGCAUUCACCAGUUUCCUGUUAUGGCUCCUCAGCAGACAUAUUAUAAAAGUUACUUAGCCUUGGAGUUGAUUUUAUAUCAGAUUGUAGAUCACUUCAAACAUCUCCACAACCCCUUGGUUUAAAGGACUCCACCAGCAACAAAUGUAUAGAGAUUUUUUAAGGCAGAGUUAUUUUCUGGGAGGCUUGUCACAAACACUUACUCUCAUUCACUUUUUUUUUUUUUUUUAAUGGUGGUAUGCUUUGGAGCUUUGAUUUCUUGAUCUCGGUUCUCAUGUGUUCAGAGAUGCAAUUUGUCCAACUCUGGUUGUCCAUGAGACAUCUCUAGUUGGAUAUUUCAUAGAUGCCUCUAAAGCAACAUGUCCCAAAUGGAAUUCUCAAUCAGCCUCCUUCAAACGAAUCAUUUUCUCCCCUAGUAUUGUUUCCAGAAGUCAUCAUUGACUUCUUCCUCUCCUUCCCCCAAGCUUGGGGGAAGUCCAGUUUUUCAAAUAUUUCUUUGUCCCCUUCUGAGGUGUUCUUUACUUAGCAGUAAGAAUGGUCGUAUUUUAACAUUUUUUUAUAUAACAAUCUUUAAAAACACAAAUCUGAUCAUGCCUUUAGAAUAAAGUUCAAAAUCAUUAUUACAGCCCCACAUGAUUUCACCCUUCCCUGCCCUCUAUUAUUUAUUUUCUUCCACCCAAGCCACUCUUGGCUAGUUUACUUGCAGUUCUUUAGUACUCCUUUUCCCUAGCUCAGUGGUUCUCAAAAAGUAAGCCUGCCUUUUUUUUUUUUUUGACAAAUACAUUGUAACAUCUGUUUUAUUAUCCUCAAAGUGCAAUCCAAUUGUAAUAUACUCUACGUACAUAUAAUUUUGGAAGUAAAUUUAAAAUUAAUCAAAAUUAACAUGAACAUAAAAGGAAAACAAAAGGUACGUUACUUGGGCACGACCCUAUUAGAAGACCUAAUUAAGUAGUCAGAUGUUUACACCUACCUAUAAUGAGCAAAUUUACAAGAAGGUAGAUCAAACCUGAUUUUAUACAUAGUAUGGGAAAAUGAAAAAGCAGGGAUAGGAGUGGACCUUAUAAUAAAAACUAGUGAUGCAUAACUUAUUGCAUAUGAUAGUACUUACAAGAGAAAUAUCGAAAUAGCCUUAAUUGAAAUAAAGAUACUAUCCAAGAAAAUCUACAGAUUGUCAAAAUGGAGAAAAUGAGGAAAUAUUCUAUUUUUUGCAGACGAACUGUAGGUCAUACAAGAAUGUCUAGCGAGACAUUCAAAAUUCGUGUAGGGUGCAGAAUAGUUUCUUAUCAUGGGGAACUGUCCAGUAUAUUGCGAAAUGUUCUGCAUACUUGGCUCUCAUAUACAAAGUGCCGAUAGCACCCUUUCCUCCCCCCAGUUAUAGGGCAAUUGCAAACCCCAUCAGAUCUAUUCACCCUUUCCAGAGCAGUAACAUUUUGUCACAUCCCCUUUGUUGGUCUGAGAGGACUCCUAGGUGAUACAACCUACCUAUACACGUGAAUUUCUUUACAAACCCAUUUAACACACCGACUCAAUUAUAAUGGAGAAACAGAAGGAAAGAAUUUAUAUAUAUAUAUAUAUAUAUAUAUAUAUAUAUAUAUAUAUAUUUACAUUGGAGUUUGAUUUGCCAGCAUAUAGUAUAACAGCCAGUGCUCGUCCCAUCAAGUACCCCCCACUCAGUGCCCAUCACCCAGUCACCCAUCCCCACCUGCCUCCCCUUCCACUACCCCUUGUUCGUUUCCAGAGUUAGGAGUCUCUCAUGUUUUGUCACCCUCUCUAAUUUUUCCCACUCAUUUUCUCUCCUUUCCCCUAUAAUACCUUUCACUAUUUUUUAUAUUCCCCGUAUGAGUGAAACCAUAUAAUGAUUGUCUUUCUCCGAUUGACUUACUUCACUCAGCAUAAUACCCUCCAGUUCCAUCCACGUGGAAGCAAAUGGGUAUUCGUCAUUUUGAAUGGCUGAGUAAUAUUCCACUGUAUGUAUAGACCACAUAUUCUUUAUCCAUUCAUCAGGAAAAAAAUUUGUAAUGAAAAUGAGUUUCAGUGUGUAAAUGCUCAGGCAUGACUAUGCUCUACGACAUCAUGUAAUAGACAUUUACUCCUACUUCCAGUGAAUAGGUUUGAAUUUCAGAGUCAUUCAGAGGCUACUUCUUAUAAAGAAGUACAGGAAAAUGAAAGGUGAGAGCUAGGGGUGACCCUAGGAUGAAAAUCAGUGUUAGGGUAAGUCAUAACAUACUGAGAAGGCAUGUGGUUAGGAAAAGAGCAAAAUUAACUGGUAGAAGGAUAACAGGUGGUCUAAGACGAGAAAAUGAAUGAUACUCUCUGGCGAGCUGCAAGUCCUUCAUAAAUGUCUAGAAGGACAUUAAAAAGGCGAAUAGAGUACAGAAUAAUUCUUCGUUUUGUGGGACUAACCCAUCCAGUACAGGUCAUCCGUUCUCCCUGGCUGCAUCUACUCAAUGGUAGUAAUCGUUCCCACUGAUUAUGAAGCCAAUAACCCAUCCGUUUCCAAAAUACCACAGUGAGAACCACUGACUUAGUUAUAUGUCUAGCAUCCUCAGAUUAGUUUACUUCUACCUUCGUAAGGAGUCCUUCUGUAGAAUAGAUUCGAUGCUUGCUUCCCAAACCCCCAAUCUUUAAAAAACUUUGUGCCUUCCUUUGUUCAUUUUUAGCAUCUGUCCAACUUGUUGUCUGCUUUCUGCAUAAGACUGUAAGCUCCUUGAGGGCUGACUCAACAGCCUUGUUCACUGUGCUACACCUGAUACUUAGUUGAGUGUUUGAUACAUUGGAUAUAUUUUGUCGAAUAAAGUAAGCUCAACUAUUUACAUUUCAGGGGUUGAGCUGUAUUUCUUCUUCAAGUGUAAUUCGAGACUCUCCAAUAAAGAGAAAUAUUAAUUUUGC